AGAAGGGCAGGACCCAAGCCCCAAAGAGCCACACAGAGACCAGAGACAGGCAGAGAAAAUAGCCGAGUCCGACCCAGCGGGACGUGGCACUUGAAGGUGCAUGGGAUAUUCAUACAGAGAAGCACGCAAUACAAACACGGUCAUCCUUAGGAACAAAAGACCAGAUCCGCAGCACAGGGAUAGGCUGCACCCAGACCAAACGCCCAAACAGACACUACGUGAGAAUACAAAUUUCCGGUCUAAGUCCCAGGCUGCUGCAACCCCCGGCCCUAGACCGCCUCCUUCGCCAGCACCAAGGACAGCUCCUGCUACUUCUCGGGCUCCUCCGGCUUCUCUGGCUCCUCCCAGCCCCGCCUCCAUGCCCCGUCACGCGGUAUAGUUGUCCGCGGGGAAUAUAAAUAAAUGUUCCUGGCCCCUCUGGAUUGGAGUAGCUACAUCCAGCUCCUACCCAUCUCCGACGGCCCCUGAGCUGCGCCGCCUCUCGGCUGCUGCCAUGGCCUUGCGGAGGCUCCGGGUCAUGACAGUGACUUUGGCUGUGGCCGCGCUGCUGUUCCUGCCCCCGGAUACCUGCUUUCCGUUGCCCAGUGCUUGGGAAGUCCCGGGACUGAGCCCAGACCAUUUGGAAACUUGGAGACACCCUGCCGACUCCGCCCGGGAGCAGUGGAGGUUGGAACGCGCCCCUCCAGGCUGGAAGCAGCGGGAGAGGACCCCUAACGCCCUGGAUCUGCCCUUUCAUCUGCUGCGGGAGUUGCUGGACCGCGCCAGGGAGGAAAGGCUGCGAAACCGUGCGCGGAACAACCAGCGCUUGCUGGGGAGAGUGGGCUAGUGAAGCCGUCGCCGCCCAAGGGCUAAAAAGGAUGGGCGGGCACCUGCGGGUCGG